AUGGCUCCGGCAAUCCAGUUCAUGCCUGAAAUGGAACCCUCAUCGAACAUAAUUUACCCUUCCUCGGCGGAACGGGUGGCAGGAAAGAAUGUUGAGACUACAUACAAUGACACACUUCGCAAGCUGAAUACGCUCAACACCAACUUUGCGUAUCGUCAACUCCAAAUCGAGACAGUGGAUCAAAAUGUCUUCAUCCAGGACAUGCUGAGAUGGUGUCGCGCUGUGGGAUAUAAGAGUCCGGAUUUCGAUCCCUUGAAUGCGGUGCACAUUGCCGGAAGUAAAGGCAAAGGCUCCACCUCGGCGUUUAUCUUUGCGAUUUUGUCCGAGUACCAGGGUCACGAGAACCCAAUCAAGAAGCUGGGGCUUUACACCUCACCUCAUCUGCGCACUGUCCGGGAACGCAUUCGGAUCAGCCCGUCCAACGACACCCCUUUCCACCACACUUCCCUGUCAGAGGACCAAUUCGUCCAGUAUUUCUGUGAUGUAUGGGGACGACUCGGCCUGACAGAAGAGACCGCAAAGAGCGGGCCUCCAUUCGCCCGCUUCCUCACGCUGCUUGCCCUUCACGGGUUCCUUCAGGAGAAAGUCGACACCGCCGUGGUCGAGGUGUGCCUCGGUGGCCGACAUGACUCAACCAAUGUCCUCCACAGACCUAGCGUCAGCGCCAUCACAAGUCUCGCACUAGAACACACCGACGUCCUCGGCAACACUAUCGAGGAUAUCGCCUGGGCCAAAGGCGGUAUCAUCAAGCCGGGUGUCCCGAUCUUGACCAUUCCUCAAGCCCCCGGCGCCACCGCUACCCUGCAAAAGAUCGCAGCUGAAAAGGGAGCGCCGCUGACCAUUGUCCCCGUGCACCCGGAAGUGGAGACCAUGGAGCUUGGACUAGCAGGAGAUUUCCAAAAGAUAAACGCUAGUCUGGCCAUAGCCGUGGCGGCGACCCAUCUCCGAAACAUGGGUUAUUCGGACAUUCCCGAGGACAUCACCUCAUCUCCCCUGCCGGAGAAAUUCCGUCGCGCGCUGGAGACCGCCAGCUGGCCGGGCCGCUGCGAGACGCGGGACUGCCGGUCCGGUCGGUUCCAUCUGGAUGGCGCGCACACCGUGGAGAGCAUGGACCUGGUAGGUUCCUGGUUCGCGAAGAAGGCCGCACCGCAGCAAGACUCCGCGAAGCGGGUCCUCAUCUUCAACCAGUCGACCCGCGAUGCCUUUACCUUGGUGCGACACCUCCGGGAUAGUAUCCGGCAGACCGCGGGUGCUGGUAGUAGUCUGGCCGAGAAGCCGUUCCACCACGUCAUCUUCUGCUCCAACAUUGCCUGGGAGAAGGAUGAGACGGCGGAUAUGGAGCGCGCGUCGAUGACUUUCCAUGGUAUUGCUGGCGAGGAGAACCUCAACCUCCAGGCCCAGCUGAGCACCUACUGGCGUGGUAUCCCCGGUGAGGAGUUGACGGGCAUCACGGUCGUGCGCACCGUGGAGGAAGCGAUCCGCUGCGCUGGGGGUGUCGGCAGCGUCGGUGGCCAGGGCCGUGUGCCGCCGCUUGUGCUUAUCACGGGUAGUCUGCACUUGAUCGGUAGUGCGUCGGAGGUGUUGGAGACCCUGGAGGAAGAGGGCCUUUACUUGUGA